AGUACGGUAGACUGAGCGCUAGGAUUAGUGACAUGAACUUCCACAUGAAGGGUGGAGGAGAGAUGGUAAACACGUGAGAAAUCUCAGAUUCCAGAAUGAUUCCGGUUAAUGAGUUCCGGAACAUCGCCACGGAACACAACCCACGGUUCCGGGUUCUGAAGCCAUGGUGGGACGUUUUCUCGGAGUACCUGUGCAUAGUUAUGCUGAUGAUUGGUGUCUUUGGGUGCACUAUGCAGCUGACCCAGGAAAAGAUCGCUUGCCUCCCUGAUCGCCUCAUCGGAGCCCCAGAUGAAGAAAUGGACUGCAGCUACCUUCAGAAGCCCAGAGAUAAUGCUAGUCUGUGGGAACAUGCCAUCACAAAGCAAAUCACCCCAAACGUUGUGGAGAUAUUUGGGAGAAAAAAUGACCUGGACAUUCACCAGUACAUCUUUAUCAACAGUUUUUGUUAUGAGCGGGCAGUGCACUGGUACGGCAAGUACUUCCCUUACCUGGUGGUCAUACACACCAUGAUCUUCAUGAUGGCCAGCAGUUUUUGGUUUAAGUUCCCUGGAACGUCAUCAAAGAUUGAACUGUUCGUAUCCAUCCUUGGAAAGUGCUUCGACUCUCCCUGGACCACCCGAGCAAUCAGUGAAGUAUCUGAGGACAGAGCAGACGUGGUCCAGUGGAAAAAAGGUGCCAUGCCAAAGGCAUCAGCAGUAGAAAGCCCUGAUGAGGAUGACAAAUCUGCAGUUUUUAUUCGAUCCACGUCUGUUGUAUCUAACCAGGAGAAGAAUACUUUUGAGUCUGAGAAUGCUACUUCCGUUCUGGAUAAAAAGGAAGGUGAGCAGGCCAAGGCUUUGUUUGAGAAGGUAAGAAAAUUUCAGACGCAUGCGGAAGAGGCCGACCUCGUAUACUUCAUGUACGUGCUUCAGACUCUUAUCAAGGUCCUUAAAUUUUCCAUAAUCACUGUUUACACUAUUAUUCUUGUCCCAAAUAUUCAGAUUGUGGUAACUUGUAGAGUCCCUCCAAACCUGACUGGUUUUGGUUUGUUUUGCUGCAAUAACAACAAAGCACACAUCUUUUCAAAACUGGCCUACUGUUACAUGGGGUUUGUUGGCGUCUAUGGACUUCUGUGCUUCUACUCCUUGUACUGGCUUUUUCAUCGACCACUGAAGGCAUACUCCUUUGAGCAUGUGCGCCUAGAGACAGGGAUCAACGACAUCCCAGACGUCAAGAACGACUUUGCCUUCCUUCUGCACCUUACUGACCAAUAUGACCCUCUUUACUCAAAACGCUUUGCAGUUUUCUUGUCUGAAGUCAGCGAGAGCAGGUUGGGUCAGGUUAACCUCAAUCAUGAAUGGCCGCCCAACAAACUUCGUACUCGUCUAUCAAGGAACUCCAGUGAUCGCUUAGAACUGCACUUGUUCAUGCUGCCAGGAUUACCGGAUACUGUGUUUGACAUUCCAGAAGUGGAAUCUCUGAAACUUGAACAAAUAAGCAACAUGACGAUUUCUGGAACAGUAACCCAACUUGGUUUUUUACAGGAACUCUGUCUCAUCCACUGUCCGGCCAGACUUCAGCUAGAUGCCCUUGCAUACCUUCGGGACAACCUAAAAGUCUUGCGCCUUACCUUUGAAAGUCCAGACCAGAUCCCCUUGUGGAUGUACACCUUACAAAAUCUAGAGGAGCUUCACUUGUGUGGGCCACUAACAAAUGAUAUAUCUCGAGGCAACACUUUAGAUACCUUGCGUGAGCUUAAGAACCUACGAGUCCUGACCCUGCGCAGCAAACUUGCCAAGAUCCCUUCCACUGUGGUAGACGUGGGCGCUCAAUUGCUAAGGCUGUGUGUCUACAAUGAGGGCAGUAAGCUGCAUGCCUUUAGCAGCUUGAAGAAGCUUGUCAAUUUAUCCAUUUUGGAACUAAUUAGCUGUGAUCUGGAGCGCCUACCGAGUGCCAUCUUUAGUCUCACCAACUUGCAACAGCUAGACCUAAAGGAGAACAGGCUCACCACUGUGGAGGAGAUAUUGAGCCUACAGCACUGCCGGCGUCUCAGCAUACUUAGACUGUGGCACAACCGCCUUUGCAAUGUUCCUGAGAACAUCAACAAAUUGCGCUCACUUGAGACGCUUGACAUGAGCUGGAACAAAAUCCAGACGCUACCACUGCGCCUUUGUUACUGCACCAAGCUCAGGCACUUGGACCUAUCCCACAAUCAGAUCACCUCACUGCCCCCUGAGAUUGGCAUCCUGCAGAGUCUGUGGCAUCUUUCUGUGGCUUAUAAUUAUCUGGAAGCACUGCCAGAGGAAUUGUUCUCCUGUAAGAGGCUCAGGACUCUGGAACUUGGCAAUAACAGAAUUACUUUUCUGUCGCAGAGGGUUGGGAACUUGGCCCAUCUGGUGUGUCUGGAACUAAAAGGUAACCGGUUGGAGUCUUUGCCGAUAGAGAUAUCUAACUGUAGCCAGCUGAAACUGACUGGGCUCAUCGUGGAGCACAGUUUAAUUGAUACGCUGCCUUCUUAUGUUAAAGACAGAAUGACUGAAAGAUGAUUGUUUAACUUGUGUUGUACUUGAUGAAAAAUCACUAAUGUCUUAAAUUCUCUGUAGUUCAAGUCACUUCAAAUUUUUGUUAGUACCUGUGUCCUACUUGUACAGUUUGUUUAAAUCAGUAUUGAUCUUGUGAGUACCAGAUUCAAACCUUUAAAGGGCCUGACACACAACCAAAAAUUAAAAUGACUUUAACAGUUAAUGGAAUUAAGGUGUAGAAUUUUACUUUACUUAAUAUAAGUCUAUACAUUACAAAACAGCAGGGAUACGGUUAAAUCAGCAAUUAUUGUUGAUGCCUUACAGCCUAAGCAACCCAGGUUUUAUUAUUUUCUCUGGUAUUGGUUUGGUGGCAAUUUUAAUCCUCAGCUUUUAAAACAUGCCAGCUGGGUUGGCUACUCUACAUUUCUUUUACACGCAAGGCUUUACAUGAUGUGUAUAUAUAUAUAGAAAAUGUUAGGUACAAGGCAGGAACACAUCUUGAACAGGGCAUCUCCCAUUUACAGUAAGUGGCAAUUAGAGUAUUUUAUUUAUCUACUAGCAUUUUAACAAAACCCACACAGACACUGGAAAAACAUGCCAAACUCUUCACAGAGAAGGACCAGAGGUGAGGUUCAAACACAAGUCCCUAUUAGGGCGCAGGAACUCCUACUACUUGAUCUAUUUGCUGCACCACUGUUGUGCCCUGCAUUUUAAAACAAGCCAAAACCUUAAAUAUGAUGUAGCUAACUGCUAGUUAUUAAAUAAAUCAGUGGAUUCACUUUGUUGUUGUGUUGCCAUACAAACCAACUCAUUUCUCAAGACUACUGAUGCUAAUUCAUGCUAAUUUAAUGUUAUUUAAUAACAUUAAUGUUGUUAUUUAUUAUACCUGGUUG